GGCUGCAGAUCCCCCGUCCCUCUGUCUGGACAGUGCUGAUUGGCCCUGUGCUGAUCACAUGCACCCUCCCAAAGGGAAAAAAAACUCUCUAGCAAUACACACCAAACUGAGCAUGAGCAGAGUGACUCCAAGGACUGUGUUAUCAGGAGAUGAGUCAGGGACAAUGGAAGAAGGAGAGGAUCAGAGAAGUCAGGAUCAAACAGCCUAUUUUCACAAUGCAGAGGAAUAACCCCUUAGGUUGCACAGUGAGUAUAACAAGCAUGCUUUACUGCAUAUACAGACUGAUUUUACUGUUGUGGGUUUAG